AUGAUCGAACGAUAUCGAUGUGAUCUUAUCUUGGUUCUAAUAUCUCCGAGUCUGGAGUCGCUAUCGGCCGCCUUCUUCGCCUUGGAACGGACGUUCGACAUGAAGAACGAAACUGUGCAAUUCAUUAACAAUCUCUCGGCCUCGGUUACAAGCCAGGCUCCCCAUUCACAUACCCAUGAACCUGGUGGGGCCACACACAGUCAUGGCGCUGGGGAGCACGGGCACACCCACGAGCACCUCGAGAAUCCAGGGAAGUAUGCAGAGCGAGAUAUGCCUAACUAUAGCUCUCGAAAUUUCGAGGAGCGUGGUUUCACCAUUGGCAUCGGCGGUCCUGUCGGUUCUGGAAAGACCGCUUUAGCGCUUGUGCUUUGCCAGAAAUUGCGGAAGGAGUAUAACAUCGCCGCGGUAACCAAUGAUAUCUUCACGAGAGAAGACCAAGAAUUCCUCAUCAAGCACAAUGCGCUUCCUGUUAACCGAAUUCUCGCCAUAGAGACCGGUGGAUGUCCUCACGCCGCCAUCCGUGAAGACAUCAGCGCCAACAUGGGUGCGCUUGAGACCCUGCAGGCCAAGUUCGGUUGCCAGAUGCUCUUCGUCGAGAGCGGCGGAGAUAACCUCGCUGCAAACUACUCGAGAGAGCUGGCCGAUUACAUUAUAUAUGUUAUAGACGUUUCGGGAGGUGAUAAGAUUCCUCGGAAAGGAGGUCCGGGAAUAUCUCAAUCGGAUCUUCUGGUUAUCAACAAGAUUGACCUGGCACCGUUUGUCAAUGCUUCUCUCGAGGUGAUGAACCGUGAUUCCAAGCUGAUGAGGGGAGACGGUCCAACUGUUUUCGCGAGCGUAAAGGAAGCAAAAGGAGUGGAUGAUAUUGUCGACCUUAUAUUGGCUGCCUGGAGGGCUGCCGGCAGUCCAGGAAUUCCUGGGGCAGUCUCGGAGGAGUGA